GCUGUUGUGGCGGCUGCACAGGAAUUUGAGAUAUCUAUUUUGCCCUGAGAAAGUAUGACUGAGAAGAGUAUAUCCCCGUCUAGAGAUAUUGGUGUUGUGGUUCCAGAUAACUGGACUGGAUAUGAAUUGGAUGUAUUCUCGCUGCCCAAUCAUUAUUGUGAAGAUCUAGAAUGUGUAUUCAUACCUCACGGAGUAAUAGUAGACAGGACGGAGCGUAUCGCUCAUGACAUCAUGAGAGACAUCGGUGAUAACCACAUUACAGUGUUGUGUGUGCUCAAGGGGGGAUACCGGUUCUGUACGGACCUUGUGGAGCACAUUAAGAACCUGAGUCGCAACUCAGAAAGAUUUAUUUCCAUGAGAGUGGACUUCAUCAGGUUGAAAUGCUACCGUAAUGACCAGUGCAUGGACGAGAUGCAAAUAAUUGGAGGGGAGGACCUGGCAAAGCUGAGUGGAAAGAAUGUUCUGAUUGUGGAGGACAUUAUUAACACUGGAAGGACAAUGACUGCACUUCUUAAUCAGCUAGAAAAAUACAAGCCAAAGAUGGUGAAAGUUGCAAGCUUGCUGGUAAAAAGAUCCGCUUCCAGCAAUCAAUACAGACCUGACUACACUGGAUUUGAAAUUCCCAACAAGUUUGUGGUUGGCUAUGCCUUGGAUUACAAUGAGUAUUUUCGAGACCUUCAUCAUAUAUGUAUCAUCAAUGAAAAAGGCAAGAAUAAAUAUAAGGUGUAGCCACAUACUGAAGCCACUGGAUUCUGGCACGCGGGACCUCUGCCUGGGCCAACAGCUUUUUGAUUUGUUUAUUAUUAUUUUUUUUGUAACCAUUACCUGAGUAAAAUGUAUUUGCAUCUAUAAUGUAACUGAUAUAUAUAUAUAUAUAUAUAUAUAUAUAUAUAUAUACCUUUAAUAAAACAUUUAAUGCUCUGCUA